AUGGACACACAAGCAGGAAUAUCUCAGAAGGACAUCUAAUGUUAUCCCCGGAUUGUGACAUAAAAGAUAAUGACAGUAGACAGGAUUCUCCAGGAGAUAACCCCAUUACCCCAAUUAUACAUCUAGCUCUAUCAGCUGAUCCCUCUGAUCCUGGGAAAUGUUCUCCUGAUCACUCUGAUAUUGGUGCAUCUGUUCCAGCUCUGAGAGUAGAUACAGUGUUUCCCUGUUCUAUAGAUGCCAAAUGUUUUACACAGAACACAAAGCCUAUUAACCCACAGGCAGGUGAGAGGCCACUGAUAUGUUCUGAGUGUGGGAAAUGUUUUGCAUACAAAUCGUAUCUUCUUAGACAUCAGAGAAUUCACACAGGUGAGAAGCCAUUUUCUUGCUCUGAGUGCGGUAAAUGUUUUGUCCAGAAAUCACAACUUGUUACACACCAGCAAAGUCACACAGGUGAGAAGCCAUUUCCAUGUUAUGAGUGUGGAAAAUAUUUUGCACAGAAAUCACAUCUUGUUAUACAUCAGAGAAGGCACACAGGUGAGAAGCCGUUUUCUUGCUCUGAGUGCAGGAAAUGUUUUUCCCGGAAAUCACAACUUGUUACACAUCAGCGAAGUCACACAGGUGAGAAUUCAUUUCUAUGUUCUGAGUGUGGGAAAUGUUUUCCACACAAAUCAGAUCUUGUUACACAUCAAAGAAGUCAUACAGGUGAGAAGCCAUUUCUAUGUUCUGAGUGUGGGAAUUCUUUUGCACACAAAUCAGAUCUUCUUAGUCAUCAGAGAAGUCACACAGGUGAGAAGCCAUUUCCAUGUUCUGAGUGUGGGAAAUAUUUUGCACACAAAUCAGAUCUUCUUAGACAUCACAGAAGUCACACAGGUGAGAAGCCAUUUUCUUGCUCUGAGUGUGGGAAAUGUUUUGCACACAAAUCAGUACUUGUUAAACAUCAGAGAAGUCACACAGGUGAGAAGCCAUUUCCAUGUUCUGAGUGUGGGAAAUGUUUUACACUGAAAUCACACCUUGUUACACAUCAGAGACGUCACACAGGUGAGAGGCCAUUUCCAUACUCUGAGAAAUAUAUUGGCUCUUGUUGCACAAAAUAGUCAUCACUCGGGUGAGGAACCAUUUUAAUCUUCUGGAGUAUACUUAUCAUUGCCAUGCAUUGUUCUUCAAGGUUCUUUUCCUAUCUCCUAUGCUUUUUGCAAUAUACAUGCUACCGCAGGGUGAAAUAAUCAGAUGUCAUGUCCUCAUCUACCACUGGUAUGCAGAUGACCUGUCUUUUGCUUUGGGUACUGAGAACCCAGUACCAAUCCUAUAUGGUUGUCUAGCUGAGCUCAAGGUGUGGAUGAUGCCAGUUGGAUGUGACUCAGUCCUGGUGAAACAGGUCCUUAUGAUAGAAGCUCACCAACAAAGGGCAGGGCUACAGCUCACCUUUGCAAACCAACCAGACUUAUGCUUGGGGUACAAAGUUACAAAAUGUGGAUCAUGUGCAAAAUCUUGGUGUCCUGAAUGGUGGAGUGACACUUAGACAUCCGGUAUCAGCCACAAUCAGAUCCUCAUCUAAGGAACAUAGCCAGACUCCAGCACUUAUUUCCCUCAGAAUAUCUACCUACAGUCAUACAUGUACUUGUAUCAUCACACAUAGACUACUGCAAUGUCCUCUACCUGGGUCUCCCAGCUGAAGAAUUGCAUCGGUUGUAGCAUGUACAGAAUACAGUAGCCAGGCUGUUACCCAACCAGCCCGUUCCUGCCACAUAACACCCAUUCUCUGCUCCCUUCACUGGCUGCCGGUAAGAUGUUGACUAUUACAUAAUCUUACUGACUCUCCCAGCCCUACAUGACCAUUGUCCAUGGUACCAGAAGCACCUUCUGCCUCCUUACUGCCCUGCUUUCUUACUUCCACCUGCAGAUGAAGGACUGUUACCAGCAGUACUAAGAAUCCCCAAGCAGUGCCGAGAUGUCAGAGGGGGAGACAGGGGGUGGAACUAGUGCUGUAGUGGGGGACGCAGGAGGUAUUGUCUGUGGGUAAUGUCCCCAAGCACCACUGAGGUGGCAGAGGGGGACACAGAGUGGCUGGCAGUAGUGAGGGGGAGACAGGACAGGUGGCAGUAGUGGGGGAGACAGCGAGGGUGGCAAUAGUAGAGUGAGACAGUGAGGGUGGCAGUAGUGGGGGAGACAGAGCGGUAGCAGUAGUGGGGGGAGGACAGUGCAGGUGGCAGUAGUGAAAGGAGACAGGGUGGUGGCAGUAGGGGGCAGACAGUGCAUGUGGCAGUAGUGUGGGGAGAUGGUGGGUGGCAGUAGUGGAAGGAGACAGGGCGGCGGCAGUAGUGGGGGGAGACUGCAGGUGGCAGUAGUGGGAGACGGUGUGUGGCAGUAGUGGAAGGAGACAGGACGGCGGCAGUAGUGGGGGGAGACUGCAGGUGGCAGUAGUGGGAGACGGUGUGUGGCAGUAGCGGAAGGAGACAGGGCGGCGGCAGCAGUAAUGUGGGGAGACUGCAGGUGGCAGUAGUGAAAGGAGACAGGGUGGUGGCAGUAG